AUGGCAGAGUUCCAAGAGUUUUCGGCUUCUGCUGAUCAUUCUUGGCUUCGCGACUUAGUCCCGGACCCCGAGACUGCGCAGCAUGAGCCCAAUCGCACCUCGCGACAGGUCCGUUCCGGGCACUAUGUGAGGGUGAAGCCUACACCACUCCCGAAACCCAAACUGGUGGCGUACAGUGAACGCAUGGCCCAGGAGUUGAAACUCUCCAAAGUGGUGACCUCUGAGGUGCAGCGGGGCCGAGGCCAUCGCAGCACCAAGCGACACCUUAGCAACGAAUUUGUUUGGGGCACCAGAAUGUCAGGGAUGCGGCUGCCAGGGAUAUGGUUCCUUGCCAUGCUGCUGGGAGGAGAAGCGCUGAAGAUGGAGCUGACGGACAGCAAUUUCAAGAAGGCCCUGGAAGGUAAAAAUGCCUUUGUCUUCUUCCAAGCACCUUGGUGUGGGCACUGCAGAAAGUUGCAGCCCGAGUGGGAUCAGAUGGCCAAACUCUAUGCGGACACGCCCAACGUGAUCAUCGGACAGGUGGAUUGCACUGGAAGUGGUCAAGGUUUCUGCGGCGAGAACCAGGUCCAGGGUUAUCCCACGCUGAAGCUCUGGAAGGACGGCAAGAUGUCGGACUACAACGGCGGCCGGGACUUCAACUCCCUGAAACGAGAGGUCGAGAAGAAGUUGGACCCUCGACCCGCAUGCAGCUUGGAAUCCAAGGAUGCCUGCAAACCAGAGGAUCUGAAAGUGCUGGAAGAGAGUGAGAAGAUGACCAAGGCGGAGCGCGCUGCGAAGAUCAAAACCGUGCAGAAGGAAAUCGCGGACGCCAAAACCGAAGCCGCGGAGCUGGAGAAAAAGGCCAAGAGGCUCACUGAAUCCUUAGACUUGAUCAAGGCCGGUGGUCAGACCGUGGAAAAGGUGGAACAGCUCCUCAACGACGAAGACUGGCGCGCCCAUUGUGAGGGCCGCACUUGUGUAGUCGCCUUCCUCCCACACAUCUUUGACGAUGGAGCCGCCGGCCGCAAUGAGAAGAUUAAGGUGUUGGAUCAGAUCUUGAAAGAUACCAAGAAGGAUGGCAAGUCCGUGGGCUUCAUGUGGAGUCAAGGAGGGGAUCAGUUCGAAUUGGAGGAGGCACUGGGGCUUCAAUUCGGUUUCCCAGCAGUGAUCGCGGUGAAUUUUGGAAAGGGACGCUUCGGUGUGCAUCGAGGAACCUUCGACAAGGAUUCCGUGUCGCAGUUUUUGACCUCGCUCUCCCGGGGUGGCACACCGUUGGCACCUUACCCAGCCAGUGCAAAGGCGGUCAAGGCAGAUCCUUGGGAUGGAAAGGCGCCUCGGCUGUUGCGAAACAGUUUCCAGCGCAUGACACAGCGACGCGCAUUCUUGCGCUUCUUCUCGGGAGAUGUUGACGCCAUUGAGGGCUUUGAUAGCUGGGCGACGCCCUAUGCGCUGUCGAUCUAUGGCCAGGAGAUGUACGACAACUGUCCCUUCAAAAACGGCAACGGCUAUGGCGAUGGCCGCGCUUUGUCCAUCGGUGAGGUGGUCAUUGAAGGACGGCGAUGGGAGAUGCAGCUGAAAGGAGGUGGCACGACACCAUUUUGCCGCAGCGCCGAUGGCCGUGCGGUGCUGCGCUCCAGUGUCCGAGAGUUCUUGGUCUCGGAGGCGAUGCAUGCCCUGGGAGUCAGCACCACGCGUGCCUUGUCCCUGAUCGUUUCGGAGGAGGAAACGGUCGACCGACCUUGGUACGACCAAAGUAAGACGAGACCGGAGGUGAACGAAGCCUUCCUUGUUGAGGUGGCACCCCAGUUGGCCGAUGCACCUUCGGAGUUGAAGCAGAUGGCUAUCGCACAGCUUCGCUCCCAGCUGCGAAAUCCCGACCGACUCCAAACGGAGAAGUGUGCCAUCUGUUGUCGCGUGGCACCUUCCUUUCUGCGUGUGGGACAUUUGGAACUCCAUGGCCGCCGAGCAAGGAGAAGUGCAAGAGAUAGUGAGCCUUUCCAACAGCUAGAACUCAUCGUGAAGCACGCCCUGAAGCGGGAGUACUCCGAUGUGGAUGACCCAACUGUCGACCUCGAGCAAAGAAUCUUGAGGAUGAUCCAGGAAUUUGCCAAGCGCUUGAGCAAACUCAUGGCAGAUUGGCUCAGAGUCGGGUACUGCCAGGGCAAUUUCAACUCUGACAACUGCCUGAUUGCGGGUCGCACCAUGGACUAUGGACCUUUCGGCUUCAUGGAGAAGUAUGACCCGCUUUGGAAUAUGUGGGUUGGUGGAGGUGAACAUUUUGCCUUCAUGAACCAGCCCAAGGCCGCGCAAAAGAACUUUGUGAGUUUUGUAAAGGCGUUGCAGCCACUGCUGUCCCCAGCAGCACAACAGGAGGCGCAACGAGAGGUGGAUGGCUUUGAGGAGUUGUGCCAACGAAUCUGCGGCGAGCACUGUUGGCGACCCAAACUCGGGCUCAGCCGCUGGGAUUCCGAGGGGCAAGAACUCUUCCAAGAUCUGGAAGAACUCAUGGCAGAAAGUUCCAUUGAUUACACCAUUUUUUGGCGACAGCUGGCAAUGCUGCCAGAGAACACCGAUGCUUUGCGGCCUGCUUUCUACUCAUCACUGCCAGUAGAGCGGGAGCAACGCUGGACCACUUGGCUUCAGCGCUGGCAUCGCUGCUCGCCGGACGCUGUGCUGAUGCGGCGCACGUCGCCGAAGUUCGUGCCGCGCGAGUGGAUGCUGGUGGAGGCAUACGAAGCUGCACAGAAAGGUGAUUUCAGCGUUGUGGAGACGCUCCAACAGCUCUUCGCCUCGCCCUUCGACGAGCACUCGGCUGAAGCCAGAUAUUUCCAGAAGGCACCUCCCAAGGUGGAGAACCUCGGGGGGGUCGCCUUCAUGAGCUGA